GCGUGUUCUGAGUCUAAAUAAAACAACGUCAUGUGGUCAGCUGGGACUGAGGGGUGCCGACGACCAUGUUUUAAUAGACUUUACUCAUCGGCGCAUACUUACUGCGGUAAGGAGGUGACGUUGACAUUGGGAGUCACGGCUUGGAAUACUCACUAUCGUGGAUCAUGAAGAGACCCUUGGUCACAGUGUUGGCAGUAGCUGAAGAGAGGCUCUGACUGUUGUGGUUUCGUCACGGUGUGUACGGGGGAGGGGGGGCUCUCUGCUUUCCGGACUUCAUGGGGGAAAGCUCGGAGAUGGACCUCAACGCUCUGGAGGCCGCGGAGGAGGAAGACGUGGAUCUGCAGUACAUGAUUGAACAGAGUCUGCUGGAGUGUGGGCAGCGUGGUGGCGGGGAGGAGACCCCCCGAGGGGACACGUGCAGGGUACCCACAAACGCCACAGAAAACACCAGGGUUUUUGAAGCCAUUAGAGCUGGCGAUGAGAAAGCUCUGCAGAACCUCGCCAGCUGCCGGCAGGCUUUCUCAGAGGCCGACAACCGGGGCUGGAUCCCGCUCCACGAGGCCGCUGUGCAGAGCAGCAGGGCCAUCCUGGAAAUCACCUUCGCAGCCUCUCCCCAGGGGGCGGGGCACAGCCGCACCCUCCUCGGGAAGACGCCCCUCUUCCUAGCAGUGGAGCAAGGCCUCAGGGCCAACGCCACAUUCCUGCUGCAGAACGGCUCUAACCCCAACAGCAAGGAUGAGGAUGAGGACUCGCCACUUGUGGCAGCUAUAAAGAACAACCAGUACGACAUGGCCACACUGCUGCUCCGCUACAAUGCCAGCGUGAACCAGGAGGGGGCGCACCGCCGGACGGCGCUUCACGAGGCGGCUCGCCUGGGCGCCGAGAACUUUGUGCAGCUGCUGCUGCAAUCCGGCGCCGACCCCGAUCCGCGGAGCGAGUAUGGGCUCACCCCCCUAGCUCUGGCCGCUCAGUACGGGCACUACGAGAUCGUCCAGACCUUGGUCCAGAGAGGGGCUGACGUGAAUUCGCAGGCCAAGGAUUCAGCCACUGUCCUAUUUGAAGCUGCCGCCUCGGGCAACCCGGAUGUCAUUUCUCUACUGCUGGACUACGGCGCCGAUGCCAACAUCCCCAAGCACACGGGCCACCUCCCCAUCCACCGCGUGGCGCACCGCGGGCACUUGCUGGCCCUGGAACGCUUGAUCCCCGUGACGACGAAGGAGGCGAUCAUAGACAGCGGCAUGAGCCCGCUUCACUCCGCGGCGGCUGGCGGGCAACCGCAGUGUCUGGAGGUGCUGCUCAAAGCCAGCUACGACGUCAACUUCAUGCUACAUCCGUGCGUGCGCCGCAACUACGACGACGAGCGGCGCUCCGCCCUCUUCUUCGCCGUCUCCAACAAUGACUUGCGCUCGGUGAGACUGCUGCUGGAGGCCGGCGCCAUGCCCAACCAAGACCCUGUGAAGUGCCUGCAAGUGGCGCUGCGCAUAGGCAACUAUGAGCUCAUCAACACACUGCUGCGCUAUGGCGCCAACGUCAACUACUACUCGCGCAUCAACACCACGCACUUCCCCUCCGCCCUGCAGUACGCGCUCAAGGACGAGGUCAUGCUCCGCAUGCUGCUCAACUACGGCUAUGACGCCCAGCGCUGCUUCGACUGUCCCUACGGCGAUGGCUCCCAUGUGCCCCACGGCUACGAGGGCUGGACCGCCUCUGUCAUCAAGGAUACCAUGUUCUGCGAAGUGAUCUCAGUCUACUGGCUGAGGGACAUCUCUGGACAUGUGGUGCACAUCCUCUUGGACUACGUCGACCAUGUGAAGAUCUGCUCCAAGCUGAAAUCAGUGCUCAUGGAGCAGACGCAAUGGCUGGACAUAUGCAAAAUCCAACAGAACCCACGAUGCCUAAAGCACCUGUGCCGGCUGAAGAUCCGCGACUGCCUGGGCAAGCUGCGCCUGCGAGCUCCUGUCUUCAUGAACUUCCUGCCCUUGCCCAACUGCCUCAAAGAGUACAUCCAGUACCGUGAGUAUGACCUGUACAGCCUGGGCAGCGGCAGGGAUUCAAGCUGACAAUACCCGGUGACACUUGGAGAACAGUGGACACUACCUGGAUUUUUUGCUGUCCUCUGCAUGUCUCUCUCCUCAACUUUGAGAUUGUCUUCAACAUUGCGUUUUGCAUUAGGUUAGCUUGAGAGAUAGACGGGAACCUACCUUUCAGCCUCCUACUGUGUUAUUAAAAUUUACACUCUUAACACCAACAAAACACAUAGAGUUCCUUACAUAAAGGGGUGAAUCCAUCUCAUGAACUCAGCCGGUUCGGCGAAUUCCCAUUGUGAGGGGGUCGAAUUACUAUUAUUUCUUACGCAAAAAAUAAUGAAUUCUUAGAUGAAAAUGUCACCUAGAACUAAUUAAAAUACCCAAACAAAAAGGUAUUUUAUGCAUGAAAAUAACGCCAAUAUAUUUUAUAAUAUUUGUAACAAAAAUGAUUAUUCCUAUCUUGUUGUCAGUCUCAUUUUUUGUUCGUUGAUUGAAUUAAUUAUCAGUAACUGCUCAUUAAGAACCGGAGUCUGUUCAGGUAGCAUGGAGUGUUUGGCAGGGGGCUCCCUGGAUGGAGACAAUGUGAUAACUUGGUUUAUGAAUAUUUGUCAUGUAAAGAAAUAAAGUUCACAG